AUGGUGUUUCAGUGCCUGGGCCAUGUGAGCGGCGCGCACGUAAACCCAGCAGUAACGGUGGGCCUGUUGUCAGCCGGCCACGUUUUCCUCCUGAGGGCCGUGAUGUACAUAGCGGCCCAGUGUGCUGGCGCAAUUGCUGCUGCUGUUGUCCUCAAGGCGCUGACACCAGAGGAGUCUGAGUCGACAUUAGGUGUGACGGCAGUCAGCCCACAUUUGACGCUGACGCAGGCGGUCUUCGUGGAGGCUUUCAUAACAUUCUUCUUGGUGAUGACGGUGUUUGGCGCCAGGUCUGCCAGAGGCAGUGCUGGAUUUGCCAUUGGCGUAUCCAUCACGACAUGCCACCUGUUCGCGAUGCAGUACACAGGUGCUAGCAUGAAUCCGGCUCGCUCACUUGGGCCUGCAAUGGUGACCGGUGUGUGGCACAAUCACUGGGUGUACUGGAUGGGACCACUCGCAGGAGGCAUUGCAGCUGGCGCCAUGUCCAGUUGUCUCUUCAGACCAAGCGUCCCUAAAGCACCAAGACAACCCUACAAAGGAAAUGGAAGAGCUUACAGGCCAGUUACACCAGAAAGUGUGGGCGCCAACUUGCUCGAGGACUUGCAGAAGUCGUCGUCCAUCUUAGGUGGUGGUGAGCGCAUUAAAAUCACCAACGAGGAACAGCUUUCCUGGAAAUUACAACAGGGCCCUCGCAUCUUCAACGUCGAGGUGUGGAUUGCCCGCAAAAGUGACAGUGCCUACCAAUGUCUCGACGGCCACAGGUGUUGCUUCAGUGGGUCAAUUGUCACGAUAACAAUGAUAGUUUGCAAUAUUGGCUAG